AUGUCCGAUCACAGUACUACGACCCAUGCUACGGCGUCCGCGGGAACCGACGCGCUCCGCAACCCUGGUCCAGUGGUGCGGGCGAAUAGUAUGCGAGCUGGACUAAUCAAUCGUGGACGGACUCUCGGUAUUGGAUGCUGGGAUGUACGAACCUUCCUGGACCCUGGUACCCAAAGUCUGACCACACGCAGCCUUCAUCAGUAUAACGUGGAUGUCUGCUGUCUGUCUGAGGUACGACUCCCUGACUCAGGCUCCCGUUAACAAAGAUCCCGGGAGUCGAAUCACACUUCACCCUGUACUACAGCGGCCCCCGCGAUUCCUCUGGUCGACACGGUGUGGCGAUCGCCCUAUCACAACAAGCAGACCUCGCGCUACUUGCUUGGGAACCAGUCAAUGGCCGGAUGGCCUACGUGCGACUGAAGGGUCACUUCACGAACAUCUCCAUCGUCGCUGUGUACGCACCAACUUCGGCUGCCGAACAGCGCGAUAAAGAGGCGUUUUACUCUCAGUUGCAAGCGCUAGUUGAAAGACUGCCUCGCCGCGAUCUGCUGAUUGCUGCUGGCGAUUGGAAUGGUCGACCUGCACCUGGCGACCCCACAACCAGUCAUCUUCUUCGCCGCUUUGGGCUUGGUUUCCGAUGUGAAAAUGGUGAGAGAUUGCUGAAAUUCGCUGAUCGAAACCGACUGCUUCUCACCAACACGUGUUUCCAGGAUCGCAAAAAAACAUCUGCUGACCUGGUAUUCAAACGACGGUCGUACGGCCAGUCAGAUUGA